AGCAUUGUGGUAAUAAAAUGCAUGUAGGUCGAGUUCCACUGUUAGAUGUACAACCUGAAAUCAAGAAGGCAGUCUUCAAGGCAACGGCAGAGUGCUCACGCGUUGUAGUUUCCUGAUCCACAAAGGCGUGUUUUUUAUGACGCUGAUCUAUUUCUGGGCUUUGGCAAUUCGCUUCCUGAAAACAAAGCUUUUGAAAAGAGGGCAGCGCAACAGUCCUCAUCGUUUACAGAUUGGGAAACUUGUGCAUACAUAUUUCUUUUGGAGUUCAGAAGGGCUAACGGCAAUUACAACCACUGCAAAGAAAAGCCCAGGUAAAGAAAAAGCCAGGUGGGUUAUUCUUCAGUAUUUCAGUCAGAGAAAAAAAAUCUGAAAAAACAGGCAGUAACGCUCACUUGAGCCGUUGGCACGUGAUGUUGUCUGGCAGAGGAGAGUGAUGAACGAGCACCUGCUGAAAAUACUGAUUGUUGGCGAUGGAAAUGUUGGGAAAUCCUCCUUUGUGCAUCGUUACGUCAACGGACAAUUCAACCAGGCCUACAAGAUGACAAUGGGAGUGGAUUAUUCUGUGAAGCUGCUGCUGUGGUCAGAUAAAGAUAAAGUCACACUCCAAAUAUGGGACAUCGCAGGACAGGAACGUUUCAUAUCCAUGAACAGGAUCUAUUAUAAAGGCGCACUGGGCUGCGUUGUGAUGUUUGACGUCACCAACUCGGCCAGCUUCCUCAGCUGUCGCCAUUGGAAACAGGACCUUGACAACAAAGCCACGCUGCCCGACGGAAACUCCAUCCCGUGCAUCCUCCUGGCCAACAAGUGCGAUCUAGCACAGCGCGUCGUUUCCGGAGACAGCAUCGACCGGUUCAGUAAGGCCAACGGGUUUGUUAGUUGGAUGGAGGUUUCGGUCAAAGAGAACAAGAACGUUGGGGAGGCUAUGAGGGUGUUAGUGCAGGAGAUUUUGACGGUUCAGUCAAGUCUGGAUCCUCUCCAACCUGGACCUCAAGGGAACAUUUACCCUCAACUGGACCCAGAGUGCAACAGAGGAACGGGCUGCUGCUGAAUCACAGCAAGAAGCACACAGUCAGGACCUGCUCAUCACUUUAGAUCACAUCCGGUUGUUUGAGGCGCCAAUGAGCACAGCCUUUACUGUGGACAGAAGAAGCACAUGGGUGUUGAUGUUUGGGGGGUGCAGAUUGGUGAUGCUGCUAAGUCGGUACUUGGUGUUCACGUGUGGGUCUGCGCUGAUCUAAGAUGGCUCAAAAAGAACCGUAUAAACACUUCAAUCUGGGAAAUGAUUUCCAAAUGUAGUGUGAUUUUUAUUUGUUUUGAGUUAAUUCUGUUAAGUAUUACUAUCAAAAACCCCAGUGAUCGUCACUCUGACGGGAAUAGGAUGGGAAGGAGAGGGAGGAAUGAAUAAACAGAAGGAGCAGA